AUGAUGUGGAAAUCACUGCUGAUGGUGGACCUGGGGGCAGUGGGGAGCAGGUCUCCCUGUGUGCUCCCGCUCCUUCUGCCCGCCCUCCGGUAUCGGUCCACUUCAGCUGUUGACCAACACCACGAGCUGGCCCGUGAGAGAUCCAAGACCGUCACCUCCUUCUAUAACCAGUCGGCCAUCGACAUAGCAGCCGAGAAGAAAAGUGCCCGGUACCUGCAUCAUGAACUGCCUGUCCGCAUCGCGCACCGCAUCAAAGGCUUUCGGAGACUCCCCUUCAUCAUUGGCUGUAACCCCACCAUCCUCCACGUGCAUGAACUUUACAUUCGAGCCUUCCAGAAACUGAGUGAAUUUCCCCCAAUCGCAGACAACGAGUCCGAGGCCCAGUAUUGCAAACUGGUCCGGCAGCUUCUUGACGACCACAAGGACGUGGUGACGCUGCUGGCCGAGGGCUUGCGGGAGUGUCGCAAGCACAUCCAGGAUGAAAAGCUGAUCCGCUCUUUCCUGGACAAGACGCUCACUUCCCGCCUGGGCAUCCGGAUGUUGGCCACUCACCACCUCGCGUUGCAUGAGGACAAGCCAGACUUUGUUGGGAUUAUAUGCACCCGGCUGUCCCCGAAGAAAAUAAUUGAGAAAUGGGUCGAUUUUGCCAGGCGCCUGUGUGAGCACAAGUACGGGAACGCUCCACGGGUGCGGAUCAAUGGACACGUGGCCGCCCGCUUCCCUUUCAUCCCCAUGCCUCUGGACUACAUCCUUCCAGAGCUGCUCAAGAAUGCUAUGCGGGCCACCAUGGAGUCUCACCUGGACACGCCCUACAAUGUGCCAGACAUCGUCAUCACCAUUGCCAACAAUGACAUUGACUUGAUCAUAAGGAUUUCAGACCGAGGUGCCGGGAUCCCUCAUGACCACGUAGACAAGGUGACCGAUUAUCACUUCACCACAGCUGAAGCGAGUGCCCAAGAUCCCCGCAUUAAUACCGUGUUUGGCACCAUGGUGGAAAUGGGGAACAGCGGCCAAUCAGGGCCCAUGCAUGGGUUUGGCUUUGGGCUGCCGACCUCUCGUGCCUACGCUGAAUACCUGGGUGGCUCGCUGACUCUCCAGUCCCUGCAGAGCAUUGGCACAGACGUCUACCUUCGCCUCAGACACAUCGACGGCAAAGAGGAGAGUUUUCGCAUCUAGAAAGCCUUCUCUUGACAGGCUGAGCCCCUCUCAGCCGCCCAAAUCAGUUCAGCAUGAAUUCUUGUUCUCCCGUGGAUUUCUGAGAAAGCUACUCUCCUGGACACUUGGAGGCACCUGUUUCCUCUGCGGCUCCUGAUAGGGCCAUCGACACUUGCUAGUUGUUCUAGGCCUCUCCUUGGGCAUGCUCUGUGGUUUGCAGUCCGGGUUACUGGGAGUGUCUGUGGACAAAUCUAUUAUCUCCCUGCCCUUAAAUGGGCUUAUUUAAAGCCACAAAAUGGCCCUUGAGGAGACCGAAAUCAGUGGCCCCUGUAUACACUGCCAGCUCCUUCCAGGCCCUUGCUUGGCCUAAGUGUUGUUCCUCUCUGCUGAGGGAUACAAAAACUUUGGGUGAGGGAAUGCUUGUACCAUUGUGUGUCCUCAUGGGCUCUUUUUGGAACUGAAAGGAAAGACUUGUAUUGAACAUGUGGUGCCACAAAUUCCCCUCUUGCUCCAUAAUUCUGUGGUGAGGACUUCUUCUAUGGCAUCCUAGCUGAGGAACCAAAAUUUACGCAACAGUCUUCGGGGGAGAUGACUUGUCAUGUUGUGCACAGUACUGAAACACCCUCUGCUUGAGGAGAGGAGACUGCCACAACACCCAAAUGUUCACCGUGCAGGGUGUGAUGUGGAUUCCAGAAUGUUCUCCCUCUUCCUUACACGGUGACGUAUUUUAUAUCCAGUCUCUCACAGCUCAGUCUGUGUGCCGCCAUAAGCUCAUUGUUUUUAUUGCAAGAAGCAGGACGAGGAUUUUUCUCUCUUUCUUCCCACCCCCCUUUGGAGGGAAGUGGUUACAGGACAGAUUCACUUUUUUUUUUUUGCUGUGAUAAUUCUAAUUAAAAAAAAUCAGAUUCCAAAAUCUUGCAGAUAUUAUUGAUUUGAUAUAUGAGGAGUGGGGGUGCUAGGAGAAAAGGUAAAACGCACACAGUUGUUUUGUUGCCUCUGUUUUUUUUUAUUCUGAUAGCUUAUAUCCUGCCUUUGUCUUCUCAAACAAUGACGAAGGCAGCUUGGUAAUAAAAUGAAGUGAAACCGCACUACGGCCCUUUCUGCGCUCUCCUUUUAGUCCAUGUUAAUCGCAGUGUCCUCCAAGGAAUUCUGCACUAAAAUCGAGUUCA